UAGUCGCCUACGAGACAGAUCAGGACAGGAACAGCUUUUAGACUCUUCUGGGCACAGACAGAAAGAAGAACAACACCUUCUUCUUCCUCAGAAUAUACCAGUCCGAGAUCGUAGAAUCUAUUUCAGAUCCGUUUACUGUUUCGAUGCCUUCACGCAGACGUACCCUCCUCAAAGUCAUCAUCCUCGGUGAUAGCGGGGUGGGGAAGACCUCUUUGAUGAAUCAAUAUGUUAAUAAAAAGUUUAGCAACCAGUACAAGGCCACCAUCGGAGCUGACUUCUUGACUAAGGAAGUUCAGUUUGAAGACCGACUUUUCACUUUGCAGAUCUGGGAUACAGCUGGACAAGAAAGGUUUCAGAGCCUUGGUGUAGCGUUCUACCGUGGUGCCGAUUGCUGUGUUCUUGUAUAUGAUGUCAACUCCAUGAAGUCAUUUGAAAAUCUCAACAACUGGAGAGAAGAGUUUCUCAUCCAGGUAAGUAGCUUGUUCUCUCACCCCCUUGUGAACAGAAUAGGUAAAAAAAGCAGUAACACAAAGUGUAAUUGUCCCCCCCCCUUACAGGCGAGUCCAUCGGAUCCAGAGAACUUUCCGUUUGUUCUUAUUGGAAACAAGGUCGACGUGGAUGGUGGAAACAGCAGAGUGGUUUCAGAGAAAAAGGCUAAAGCUUGGUGUGCUUCAAAGGGAAACAUUCCUUACUUUGAGACCUCUGCUAAGGAAGGCACCAAUGUAGAGGAAGCUUUCCAAUGCAUCGCCAAGAACGCAUUGAAGAGCGGAGAAGAGGAAGAGCUGUACUUGCCAGACACAAUCGAUGUCGGGACAAGCAAUCAACAGAGGUCUACAGGGUGUGAAUGCUAAGGGAUUUGAUUCUCUCCCAGAAGAAUGCUUUUGAGUUCAACAAUGGGAAGUUUGUCUCUCCUCCCAUUACAUCUUUUCUUAACCAGUUCUCUCUCUAAAGAUAUCAUAUUAAAUGGCUGUACAUUGUUCUUUCUUUUGUGGGUAAAAGAACACCCUUCAAAGCGACUUAACUUGUUUAAUAAGUAUAUUAUGGUUUGAAAAACGUUAUUAUGCAUCUUUGGAUAUUUAAUUAUAAACAGUUUUUUUU